AUGGGGGCCGUGGAUUUGGACUCUGGAGAGGAGAGGGAUUCCAAGGAGGUGGAGGAAAGCUCACCGGAGGAGCAGGACCCGCCGCCACCUUCUCCCUCUUCCCAGUUGGCGUGCUCAGUGGCGGGCAAGAGCCACACAGAGGAUCCGCUUAGCCACUACCAGUCGCCCACCAGAAAUAGGCCAUCUGAUGACAUGUGGGAGUUGUAUUUUCAAUUCGAUGGUGCGAAGUUUGUGCAAAUCAGUAUGCCCCGUAGUGACAUUAGGUUUCUGAAUUUACUGUCUGUCAUGGAGAAGGAAGGAUACGGCAUGUGUGAUUCCUUGUACUAUGUAAAAGAUGAAGGGGAGGGACUGAAUGGCCUUGCUCUGGUUGAUAGAAAUUUGAAGGUGGAAGAAAUGGUUAGGAAGUAUGAACAUGCUAGGAAAUUGGUUCUGACAGUCAUGAGGGACAAGAGAAAGCUAUCAAUUGUGGUUUCUCCAGUGAAGCCCUUUGGGAGAGGCAGAUCACCUGAUGAAGAUGAAGUGGAUGAAGAAAAGACGAGAAAAGAGGCAGAGGAACUUCAGAAGACAGUAGCUGAGUUGAGGAGGAAGAGAACUGAUCCUUUGGAGCACUGUGAGGGAGAAACUGAUGUUGAAGACAUAUUUGACACUCCAUCUGUUAAUUAUGAAGACAUGUUGUCACAGAUGCCAGUGAAGAAGAAACCCAGGAGGCAGGGCCUGAUGGGCCCUACUCUGAGAUCACACUCCCAACUAGAGGAACCUGUCAAGGAUGAAUGGGCUCCAUCUGAUGAAGAAGAUGGCCUAGGUUUUCUUGCAGAGGAGGAUGAUGAUGGACAUGAGUCUCUGCCAUUCAUGCAGCCAAAGGGAAGAAAAAGCAGGGCCAAGAAACAACCAGAGAGGACAUGGUAUGAUGAAAACAGGUAUAUGUGUGCUGCCAAGAUCAAGCAUGAGAACACAUUCUGCAUAAAGAAGAUGCAUUUGGAGCACAGUUGUCCUACUGAACCUAAAGAUAGCAGAGUGGAUUCUAGGUGGCUAAGCAAUGCAUAUGUCGACAAGUUCAGAUCAGAUCCCAACACUUCCAUCACAACCUUAGUUGACAAGGCCAAGAAGGAUUUUGGUGUUGAUGUCCCUAAGAGGAUGGCUUAUAGAGCUAUGACUAGAGCAAGAAAUGUGGUAAUGGGAGAUCACAAGAAGCAGUACCAUAGAUUAAGGGAUUAUUUGCAAACUGUUAUUGACAGAAACCCUAGAUCAAGGUGCAUAGUUACCACUGUCACUGGACCAACUGAAGAUGAGCUAGAGGAAAUCAAGAAAGGGCAGCAGAUAUUCAUCAGUGAGCAGCCAAGGUUCCAUGGCCUCUUCUUCUGUGUAAAUGCUGCAAAGCAAGGUUUCCUUGAUGGAUGUAGACCAUUCCUUGGCUUGGAUGGUUGCUUCACCAAGUUAACUACUGGAGCUCAUAUAUUGGCAGCAACAGGUAGAGAUGGAAACAACAACAUUUAUCCAGUUGCAUGGGCUGUUGUUGCAAAGGAAGACACCCAAAAUUGGCAGUGGUUCUUGGAGCAGCUGAAAGAGGCACUUGGUGGUGAACAGGGAAAAUUUGGCUACUACACCAUCAUGUCAGAUAGGCAGAAGGGUUUACUGAAAGCAGUGACCAUUGUCUUUCCAAAUUGUGCUCAAAGGUAUUGCCUUAGGCACAUUUAUGCCAACCUCCAAACAGCUGGUUUCAGAGGAGAAUACCUGAAGAAAUGCAUGGACAAUGCAGCCUACUCUUACACAAAGCAUGGAUUUCAUUUGGCCAUGGAAGAGAUGAAGAAACAAUCUGAGCCUGCUUGGGCAUGGCUGACAAAGAUACCAGUGCAAGCAUGGGCAGGGUGGGCCAUGGGCACCAACUGCAAGACAGAUUUAGUAGUUAACAACCUAAGUGAGGUAUUCAACAGGUAUAUUCUAGAUGUCAGGAACAAACCAAUUGUUACCAUGUUCACAGGCAUAUAUGAAAUGCAAAUGGUUAGGCAUGAUGGAAAGAGAGAAGGAGCAGACAAAGCUAGCUGGGAAAUUGCUCCUCACUAUGCAGAGAAGCUAGAAUUAAUGAAGACUUUCUCCAAGAAAUGUACUGCAAUUAGGGCAGAUGUUGGGCUGUGGCAAAAAGGAAAUGUACAUGAACAGCUAUACCCCAGUAUUCUAUCCCAUGCCCAAGAACAUGGCUGGACCAAGACACAAACCCCUGACAUAAUGCCUCCUGGGUUCAAGGACCACAUGAAGGGGAGAAGGCAGGAGAAGAGGACGAAGAACAAAUUUGAGGUUCCUAAACCUAAAGUUUCAUCUAGGAUGGCAACUGUUAGGUGUGGGAACUGCAAGCUGCAAGGACACAAGUGGACAAGCUGCUCAAUGCCUCUAAGGGCUGAUCUAUCAACUAGGAGAAUGCCAGAAGAAGCUUCAGGUGCAGCAGGACCAAGUGCAACAACAUCACCAAGUGCACCAAGACCAAGUGCACCAGAACCAAGUGCAAGAGCAGCUCCAAGUGCACCAGGACCAAGUGCAAGAGCAGCUCCAAGUGCAGCAGCAAGAUCAGCUCCAAGUGAACCAGCAAGGCCAGAUCCAAGUCAUGCUCCAAGAAUGAUGGGCUACUUCACUGCUGGUGCUAAUGCAUCAGCUGGUAGAGAUGCAUCAGUUCCUCCCCUUGCUACAUCAAGGAACUAUGGUGCACCAGGUCAAACUUAUGAAGAAAAUUAG